AUGUCGAAGAUACCUGUCGACAGAGACGGCAAAUCAAGAGCUUUAGAUAUCCGAAACACAUAUCCCAGUGAACAUAAAAUAAGAAGCCUACAAACAGAUAUCCAAACUUCUUACGAUAAAAAUAAUGCAAGAAAGUGCGAUGAAAGACACAAAAACGAUAUUAAAGAUAAGUUAUACUACAGACCUUACAACACUCUGAUACCGAAAAUUAACUUUAAAAUGGAAAAAGUAACUGAAAGGAAUCCAAGAAUAUUAGAUUUACGCGAGAAGUUAAAUGAGAUUUCAAAAAAGCAAGACUUAAAUGUCGAUAAGAGAACAAAAAGCCUUAUAAACGACAUAACGCAACAGCUGGUUGAAGACAAAGAAGGGGAUGAAUCAGGACCAUAUAGCUUGUUAUUUGAUCUACAUAAUCCCUCCACAUCCAGUAGGGUGAAAAAUGAUAUAAAUAAUAGUGGCUCCAUAGAAUUUGAUGAAGGAAUCGAGCUAGCAUCGCGUUAUGCCAAUAAAAUCUGCAAUCCAAAAAUUCCUACAGAGAGGCUUCCCAACGUCCUCAAUUUUGACAACAAACCUUUAAAGGAGUUUGAAUACUCAUGUGAAAAAGAAUUUAAUUGUUUGCCUAAGACAACUUUUAGUACACAUUCGCGGUCUGAUCUUUGCCUGCAAUUAAAGUCACACGUAUAUCCCCGAAAUUUUGAAACGAACUCAAGUCCGAACGAAAUCUCGAUGUCUAGAAACAACGAAGAAAACUCUUUAGAUGACAGUCUAGGAAUUUUGACUCCCGACCAAAUGGAUGAUAUUUGUUAUUUAGAAAACGCGUUCUCACCAACCGUUGAAGGAUUGCCAAUUUUUUGUGAUAAUAAUGAGGAUAAACGGUCUCCUGAUAAUGGAGACUCUCCUUCAACUGAUAAAACUGAAAGCAAUUCUGCUGCUUCAACAAUACAAAAUGAAGGUUUUGAUAAUGCUGUUAAUGAAAUACAAUGUACCGUGCGAAAUGAAGCUUUGCCUUCGAUUAUUACUAUAGUUGCUACGGAAAAAAAAUGUUGCGAUGAUAAAGAAUUAUUUUUCCUCACUAAUGAUAAUGUUAAGUCUGAAUCAUUGCUGGAACAAGACAAAAUUGAUACACAAGAAGGAGACAUAUGUCAGGAGGGUUCCAUUUCUGAUGUUAUAGAAGAAGAAUUUUUACCUUCUAUCCAUGGUAGCAUUUUAGAACCAGCUAGUUCAAUGGCGGAUACAACAGUGAAUAUCGAAAUUCCUUUAGAUACUAAACACACGAAUAGAAUUGAACAAACCCCGUCUCCUGAAGACCUACCGUUAGAUAAUUCAGAUAUAAACGGAGAAAUUAGUACUUACUCCCAAUUUUCUGUAUCAACUGUCCAUGACUCCCAAACAUAUUCAGAUAGCAAGAGUAACGAUUAUACUAAAUCAAUGGAAACUUCAAAGGUAUCGAAUAGUUUUAUUACAAGUAUAACAAGCAUUACAAGUCUCGACGGCUACCAAGGUGAUGGUGAAAUGUCGAGACCUGUGAGCAGAAGCGCUGAACAUAAUGUAGGACCUCGUGAAGAUGUGAUUGAUAUGGAUUGGCAAAAUGUGGCGGUGCCUAGAAGACCUGAUCCUAUGACGGAUUCAGACUUUUUCACGGAAAGUGAUGCUGAUGGAUUCGAUGAGCAUAUGCAACGUGGUGAUCGGCGAGCACAAGUCAUAGAUGGUGCAUUGUAUGGUGGUAAAAAUAAAAAGAAUAAUCCACCGUUAAUUGUCAAUAGAAGUGAGGAUUCUUGCAUGGAAUCCAGUGGAGUAUAUACUGAUUUUGAAAAUCAUCGUGCAUCGCCGGUGUUUUUGAAUGCUAUUAACGACAUGUCACCAGCUUCUACAAUAUCAUCACGAUCUGAUUGUAGUCAGAAAAAUAUAGAGCAUAUGUAUUUCACGCCGCUCGAUAACACUUUGGAGGAAAAGGAUUCCAAUAUUAUAUCUACGGUCGACGAUGAAAAUAUAACUCCUAAAAAUACGAGUAAAAGGAAUUCAAUUAAAAGCGAUAAAGAGCUCAAUAGUAACGAAAAAAACAAAGAGGAAAAGAGAAGUUUUACUUUAAAGAAAUACAAGAUGCCAAAACGUGAUGUUCCAAGUAAGCUUAAAACAAUGCUACAAAGUAGGAAAACUGAUAUAGAUAAUAGCGUUCAGAGUAGUCCAAAAGCGGUGAAGAAAACAGAAAGGCGAGAAAACUUUAUGAAAAAGAACAUAAUUGAUAUUAAAAGUGACUACAGAGUAAAAUCCUACAAGGAUGUCAAAUCAAAAGUUGAUUGUUCGUUCUCAUUGCAACGCUCUCAAACUUCAUGUAGUGUGACCAGAAUUCUUAGUUCCAAAUCACCGAAUUCGAACUCCAAGCCGAAAAGUCGCCAUAUGCGCAUGCGCAUGGAUCUUGGGUCAGCAAAUGCUAGCGGCAAGAGCAGUCUUCACAGCUCACAGAGUGACAUAAGUGCAACUAGCACUCCGGUGGUCAAACAUUCGUCAAGUCGCUUCCCCUUACUAAGAAAUGGGAAAAAGAGGGAGAGCGCUCCAACACCAACGACGACCAACCGAACCCCCGCUACAUCCACCCCUCAGCCAACCCCCCCGAAUCAGGCUAAAAAGAAUGGCGUGGUGCAAAAGUUAUCAUCGUCUCCUGUGGCUGUGCGUCCUCGGACAUCUCUCGCGCCGCCACCGUCACCUAGGAAACCUGUUCCUCACAGGACAACGCCACAAAGACCGACUACACUCGCAACAACAAAAGAAACACCACGAGUAGCAACAGCUGUCGGGCCACGAAGCAAGCGAGCGCAAACCCCGCAGCAGCCGCAGCCAGCUGCCCGUACGCCGACCGCUCCGCUAACCGCGCCGCUCUCCGCUCCGCUUAUUCCUCCUUUGCCUGUGCCCUCGAGAAAACACGCUGAUGCUCUCGCGCACGCCGCCAAAGGUGUGGAAGCACUUGGUGUUUUAGUGCAAUAUUUGGUGUUCCGAUUGGACGCACUAAACGGCAGUUCCUGGCGAUCGGAAGCGGAGAGAUGGCGAGGUGUGGCUGCGGCUGAACGUAGCAGUGCUGCACGGGCUGACAGAGAUAGACAGCAACGGGCGCAGAAAGAUCUCGAUACUAUCGCUGAAUGCCUGAGCAAGAUCUCAGAGCUCGAGAUGGAAGUAUCUUCGAAAGAAGAGGCGAACGCUCGCUUACAAGCCACACACGUAGAAGAGGUUUCCGCUUUAAAGAACGAUGUUAAAGAAUUAAAGGAUACUAUCGAAUCCUUAAAACAUGAAGUAGCUGAGAGUCGCGCAAGAUUGCACGCUCACAGUGAAAUAGAGAGGACACUGCGCGCGCAACUCGAAGCAGCACGGACGGAGAUGGAGAAUUUGGAUAACUCAAAUGAGUCGUCCAAAAUAAACAUCUCCUGUGAUGCUGCUUGCGAUCCUGUCUACUGGGAGGUGGAGGAAUGUGAACUGAGGGUAAAUUCUGAAGAGGAAUUGAGCAAAGACGUCACAGAACUAGCUGCUGAGGUGAGAUCGCUAAGAGCCGUCGUUGAGCUUAAGCAAGCAGAGAUAGUGUCACUAAGAGACGCGAGGAGUGAAUUGGCUGCUGAAAGGGAAAGGAGAAUCGCCGCUGAACGCGAUGCUGGCAAUGCGCGUCAUGCUUCUGAAGAGCUGCGCGAGAGAGCAGCAGCUAGGCAGCGCGAGGCGGACAGACUAAGGGAUGACAAUAGAAGACUGAAAGAAACAGCUGCGAGGGACAGGGACCACGCUACUAGGCUUUUAGCACAUAAUGAAGAAUUAAGAUACAAACUCAGACAGAAAUCUCAAGUGGUAUCCCUGCUAGCGGGUGGGGGUUAUAUUGAGCGAACUACGAUGCGCACACGCACCUCGUCCGGUGAUUCGGUGCGCUCUAAUUCGUCGCUCCCAUCAUCGCCUUCACCCGCGGUAUCACCAGACCCUGAUUCGCCACCACUACCCGCUGUCAAAGGAGUCGUAGAGAAACACGAUUCUGUCAGCUGGGUUCUACAGAUAGAAGAAACCCCUGAAGAAAUGGCUUCGAGGCUUGCACGAAAAUCAUCUUUCCGGGCAUCGGCAUCUCCAAGUGGCGUGAAAAGACGCGGCGGGGGUUCCCCCGGUAGUGGAUCCCCUGCCCCUGCGUCCCCCGCCCCCAAUGCCUCCAAAUUGUUCCGGCCUGGUGAACUCGACUUCCCACCGCCGCCGCCACCUCUCAAAGAAUCAGCUGGUGAGGCGAUUUACAUAUACGAUGAAAGUCAGUAUUGA